GGAGAAUCGCGCAAUGAACCGCUGCUCACCCCGCUAGAAGCAGCUGCGAUAUCCUUGGGUCAAACAUGGAGGCAUUCACAUUUGCGGUCUCCACCCAGGUAGACUUUCCAAUCUGUGUUAAAAUUGGAUCAUUGGAAGGGAAGCAGAAAGAGAUCCCGUACUCCGUGCUAUUGAAACGACCCGACCUACGACAUCUAGGAUCCACGCAAAGUCCUAUCUCCGAUCUCUUCGUGACGACCCAGCUAUGGUCGGAUUCGAAACCCCUGGGGGUACCUUUACAGACUUCAUACAAGACGUUCAAGGCGGCUAGGUCAUGGGGCGAAUGGCUAGAGAUGCCACUGUCCAUGAGGGAUGCUCCACUCAGGUGUCAGCUGGCGAUAACGGUCUGGGAUCUAUCACCGCUGGGGAACGAUGGAACGCAGGCGCAUCAGGUCCCCUUUGGCGGCACGACGAUCCCGUUGUUUGACGGGGAUGGCAAAUUAAAGAUGGGCAGACAAAAAUGCAAGAUUUAUCGCCACAAAGCUGCGGAUGGCCUCUCAUCAACAACGACUCCCUCGACCCCACGUCCGAAGCGACGCCGAGCCAACGUCGCCGAUCCGUUAGGCCCUUCGGCCGAUGAGUUGGAACUAGAGCGAGUGGAGGUUCUUAUAAAGAAGCACGAAAUGGGGGAAAUACCGCGGAUCGACUGGAUGGAUCAGAUGGUGUUUCGACAAUUGGAGAAGCUCAAGCUGAAUGCUGAGGAAGCCGCCAGGAAGCGUGCGACCCGGCGAAAAGCAACCAAAGAAAAGCUUCGGGGUGAAGGAAAGGCAGACGACGACUCGGAUGAAGAGGAGUUCGAUGAGGAAAAUUUCACGCUUCACGUCGAGUUUCCGCGAUUCGAUCACCCCAUCGUUUGGUCGGACCACGAAUACGCUGCGCCUCCCCUUUCGUCCUACCACCAGAACACGACUGCAAAUGCAAACCAGACUUUGAAACCAGUGCCGGAAGUUCGGUUUGGUCCCGGGAUAGAAGGCGCAGAUGAGGACGGGGUGAUACGAAUAUACGACCCGGAAGUCGGUCAAGCAGGCAACCCGUGCGAGGACAAGCAUAGGAGGCUGAUACGUAGCCAUCGCACCGGUAUCAUGGACCGAGAUUUGAAGCCAAACCCCAAGAUCCGUGAUGAGCUGAACGUGAUCCUGUCGUACGAGCCCACGCAAGACCUCACCGCUGAGGAAAAGGAUGUUGUUUGGCGCUUCCGGUACUACUUGACUCGUGAGAAGAGGGCGCUUACCAAGUUUGUCAAGUCGGUGAACUGGCGAGAUGCAGGUGAAGCGCAUCAAGCUGUGGAAAUCCUUCCGAAGUGGACCGAAAUCGACGUCGAUGAUGCGCUGGAACUUCUUGGUCCAACAUUUGAUAAUCCCGCCGUUCGUUCGUAUGCGGUGGACCGGCUUCGAAAGGCUGAUGACGAAGAGCUUCUUCUCUAUCUCUUGCAACUGGUGCAGGCGCUCAAGUAUGAGGACCACUCCGAUGGAACUACGGAAGAUGUAGCUCAUGAUUCAUCUCUGGCCAAUUUCCUCGUCACUCGUGCUGCCAACAACUUCCAACUCGGAAACUAUCUGCAUUGGUACCUCAUGGUUGAAUGCGAUGAUAACGGCCCUGGCACUCUGGCGUCGCAACGUCGAGUGUUUGCCCGUGUGGAGUACUAUUUCAUGACCGAGUUGGAACGAAUCCACCCCGAACACCGAAAGACGCUACUACGGCAGGGUGAAUUGAUCACUGUGCUCUCCAAGAUUUCCAAAGACAUCCGGUUUUCUCGAGAGAACCGCAUCCUCAAGAUCGAAAAGUUGAAAAAGUGCCUGAAGGAUCCUAAGAAUGACAUUGUGCACAUUGACCCGCCUUUGCCGCUACCGUUGGAUCCUGAGGUCCUCGUCACUGGCUGUUACCCAGACGAGUCCAAUGUCUUCAAGUCUACUCUGUCGCCUCUACACAUUACCUUCAAAACCGUCGAGGGGCAGAAAUACCCUCUGCUGUUCAAAGUCGGAGACGACCUUCGGCAAGAUCAACUUGUCAUCCAAAUCAUCAUCCUUAUGGAUCGUCUUCUACAGAAGGAGAACCUAGACCUCAAAUUGACACCAUACCGGAUCCUUGCCACCAAUGCCACGGCAGGCGCCGUCCAGUUCAUCCCUUCCACCUCCCUCUCCGCAGUGUCGGCGAAAUACAAGUCCGUCCUCGCCUACCUCCGAGCCAACAACCCCGACGAGAACGAACCUCUUGGAAUCCGCAAGGAAACGAUGGACACGUACAUCAAAUCCUGCGCUGGGUAUUGCGUGAUCACCUACCUCCUCGGCGUCGGCGACCGACACCUGGAGAACCUUCUCCUGGCACCAGACGGGCAUUUCUUCCACGCCGAUUUCGGCUUCAUCCUCGGCCGCGACCCCAAGCCUUUCGCGCCCAUGAUGAAGCUCUGCAAGGAGAUGGUCGAAGGCAUGGGCGGCACCACCUCGCCCCUCUACCUCCAAUUCAAGCAGUACUGCUUCACGGCCUAUACGACGCUCCGCAAAUCCGCCAACCUCAUCCUGAAUCUCUUCAGUCUCAUGGUCGAUGCCAAUAUUCCGGAUAUCCGCGUCGAGCCGGACAAGGCGGUCUUGAAGGUCAAAGAGCGGUUCAAUCUCGAGAUGACGGAGGAAGAGGCCAUUCGCCACUUUGAGCAGCUCAUCAGUGACAGCGUCAAUGCCAUCUUCGGUGUCGUUAUCGAUUACCUUCAUGAGAUUGUGCAGGGGUGGAGGGCAUAAUUGAUUUUCGGUCCUUUGUUUUUUCUUUUACGAGAGGAGGAGGUCUAAUUGUAUUAGCGUGGUAGUUAUUUGGUUCGAUUUAGGGUGUUGCCUUGCCUGCCGGUUUCAUUUAUAGAUCAUAUUUUGCACCGGUGCUUCUCACUCAGGAGUCAUGGAUGGAUGCAUUGGCGCAUUGAUUUAUCUUCAACGAUGUCAUGAUACCCCGUGAUCGGAGCGAAUGAAUUCUGGGUUCUUCUCUAUAGUCCGUGGUGUCUGGAAU